UUCUUUAUUGAAAAACAUGUUUUUCUUUGCGUGUUAUGUUCGAAACAGUCAUUAACAAAACAAUCAUUAAAAUAGAACGGAAAUAUUUUUUUGCCAUAAACUAAAUAUCUAAUUCUCAAUUGAUUCUUCUAUUCGAGGACUGUUGUAAUAUAAAUUUAUUUAUAUUUUCAUAUUGCCAUUCGUGAUUUAUUAAAAUAAAAGUUAAAAUUUAAGUACAAAGCGACAUGAACAAUUUUUUAGAUUUUUUCCAUUUUAUGGAUAAAAAGGGCAAGACAUUCAGACCUAAGAAAAGAUUCACACAUGGCACUAUUCGUUAUUCACUUCAUAAACAAGCGCAGGCGAGCUUACAAUCAGGAAUAAAUUUGAGGGAUGUCGUAAAAUUACCAUCAGGAGAGCACAUGAAUGAUUGGCUGGCAGUACAUGUUGUUGAUUUCUUCAAUCGGAUAAAUUUGAUUUAUGGAACUGUGUCUGAGUAUUGCACUGAAAUGACCUGUCCAAAAAUGAGCGGAGGGUCACGUUACGAGUACUUUUGGGCAGAUGGUGACAAGUUUAAGAAGCCAACAGCACUUCCUGCACCAAGAUAUAUCGAGAAUCUCAUGGACUGGGUGGAGGGACAAAUCAAUAAUGAAGACAUUUUUCCAAUCACAACAGAUAUUCCCUUUCCACGAUCAUUUCAAUCACUAAGUAAGAAAAUCCUGACUCGUCUGUUUCGUGUUUUUGUUCACGUUUAUAUUCAUCAUUUUGAUAGAAUUGUUGCAAUUGGAGCCGAACCUCACGUGAAUACUUGUUUCAAACAUUUUUAUUACUUUGUGAUGGAAUUUAGUUUAAUUGCUUCUAAAGAGAUGGAACCUUUAGCUGAGCUAAUAAAACAAAUAUGUAAGGAGUAUUCGCCCACAGAAAAAUAAUCUUUUGGGCGAUUUUCUCGGAUUCUUUUGAUCUAAAAUUAUUCUCUGACUUUGAAUCAUUUUUCGAUUCUUUUUUAUUUUGUUAAAGUUCAAAAUCUAGUAGAUAUCUAGUUAAAGUAAAAUUAUGGGCAUUUAAAAAUCUUUUAGCUAUCUGAUCGAAGAGUACUUUUAUCUCUUUUAAAUUCUAAUUUUCAUUAAUCAGUUUGACUUUAUUGAGAUUAGCAAUUUGAAGGGUUUUCUUUUUUAUUAAAAAUUAAAAUUAAUAAAAUAUUGCAAAAAAAUUAUUUGAAAUGAAUUAAAGAAAAAAUGAAUAAAAAAAUUCUUACAUCUAAAUAGAAAAACAAAUAAUCUAUGAGUUUAAUUUUUCUUG